AUGAUGGCACGACGCAUUGACCAAAACCUGGUUUUCUCGUCCAUGUUUGGAUGCUUGGUUUGGCUAACGGUGGUUUCUGUCGUUCACGCAGACGGUCGUGUGUUUCUAUUGGACCAGAGAAACACGUCUGACUCUGGGGGAUCGGCCGAGGCAGAACAUGUGUGUGCUGUCCAUGAUGCCCGGCUUGCGUCGACCGAGGAGCUGCGUCACGCCGUGGUGGAGUGUUCCUUCUCUGCCUGCACACGAGGAUGGCUGGACGGGGGCUUCGUGGGGACUACAGUGUGCAGUGAUCAGGGCAGUGCUCUGAAGGCAGUGGAUGUGAAGAUAGAGAACGCUACAGAGGACAACACACACCUGGAUGUGUUCUGUGUCAAAGACAAAGGUGGACCAUGUGGCGAUCCCCCUGCGUUCCCCAACACGCGUCUCCAGGGCCACACAGGGUUUGAGAUAGGGGACGAGCAGCUGUACUCUUGUCUUCCUGGUCAUGUGAUGCCCAGCGGCCACUCAGCAUUCAGCCUGCUGUGUGACAGCUGUGGAGAGUGGUAUGGACUGGUACAGCUUUGUAGCAAAUACAAGACAGAGACACACAUCGACUAUGAAGACAAGUUCACUGAUCACGAUCACCACCUCUCCUACGACACCCCUGCAGAGGAGGAGAACACAGAGGAGGAGAACACUGAGGAGGAGAACACAGAGGAGGAUAACACAGAGGAGAAGAACACAGAGGAGGAACUGCUAGAGGAGGAGAACACAGAGGAGAAGAACACAGAGGAGGAACUGCUAGAGGAGGAGAACACAGAGGAGGAACUGCUCGAGGAGGAGGUGGACACAGAAGAAGAGGAGCACAGCGAUCAGGAGCAACAAGAGGCCAGCUUCAGUGUGGAGGGAGAAGAGGAGGAGGAGGCAGAAGGAGAGGAGGCGGCAGGAGGAGAGGAACAGUCUUUGGGAGAGGAGGAGCAGCAAGGGGAGGAGGUGGGAGGAGGAAUGGAGGAAGAGGUGGAAGAGUCAACAGACCCUCCCGUUGAGAAGGAGGAGCAGGUGGAGGAGAUGGGCGUGUCAGAGGUGACUGAGGCGCCAGUCUCCCUGAUAUCUCAGAAGCACCUGUUCUGGUUCCCCUCAGAGGCCAUCCAGGAGGCGGGACAUGUGGAACCCACCCACCCGCUAGUCACACAGGACACACACACUGAGGGGGACAACCGUGUCAGGGCCUCCGGCAGCGAAUUAAUGGAGGGCAAGCAAGACGACAGCCAACCGGAGGAGACGAAGGAUUAUGACAGCCAUGAGGGUCACUUCCAACAACCAAUUGACCCCGUUGACCAUGAUGACCAUCACCACGACGACCAUGAUGACCACGAAGAUGACGUUGACCAUGAUGACCAUCACCACGACGACCAUGAUGACCACGAAGAUGACCAUGAACGUAUUGACCGGGAACAUGACGAUCAACGUGAACGUCACCACUAUGACCACGACGGUCCAACAGAUCCUGGCCACGAUGAAAGCUAUGGCAGUGAAGACGCCCACCGUGAGGACCAAGGAGAACACGAGGAGGAUGACCAUGAGAAGGCUGGUCGGUACGAUGACGUGGGCGAGGAGCAUUACGACAUGGGUGAACACGAGGAGGACCAAAACCACGGUGCACAUGAUGACCACGAAGACCACGAAGGUCAUGACCGCGGUGAUGUAACCGAUCACCAUGACGACCACGGACAUGUCCAUGAUCACCUUGAUGAAGACCAGAGUGAACAUGAAGAUGAUCGUAGUGACCCUAACAGUCACGACCAUCACUACGACGACCAUAAUUAUGAUGAGUAUGUGAUCCCCCCCGUCGGCAUGACAACAGGCGAGCCUCAGAACGUAACUCAUGAGGAGACGGGAGCAAAACCCACAGCCAGCUCAGACGAGACCUGGUUGGACGGCUACCCUGUUAGUCAGGAGGAGACCGACGCGGAUAAAGUGGGCGGUGGAUCCUCAGAGGAAGGGGUGGAGCUUGAGGAGGAAGAGAAGGGUGUUGUGGUUGUCGGGGUGACUGACCGGCCCAAUGAGGUGGAGUUGAGUCGUCCCACCCCGUUCACUGGAGUCCCCCAGGUCCCCCUGUCCCCCACACAGGGGGCGAACCCUGUAGAGCAGGAUCAGGACCAGGGCUUGGUGGGAGGACUCACCCCUACAGCCUCAUCCGACCUUCCUCUCUCCCCCGAGGCCACGGCUUCAGAUUCACAUUCAGCCGACUACGCCACCCCCUCUCUGACGUCAUCACUGGAUGAUGUUGCCUCCGGCAACACAGCCAGGCAUUCUCCCACAGACUCCUGGGAAACCUCGGAUCACGUGCACCCUUUCCUGGAGCACGGCCCCUUCCCCACAGCGUGGACUGAUGACGUCAUCGACGAGGAGGAACGUUCGGCCCAGCACAACCUGACUCGACAUAGCGGGGAGAUGGAGGGUGAGGAGGGGGAGAGCGAAGGUGAGACGGGGGAGACAGGGUGUACUGGGGGAGAGGAGGACUGCCCUCCUCCCCCUCCUCCCUCCUCCGGCAGGGGCUCCACGGUUGCAGCCAUUGUGGUUGCCGUGUGCACGGUUGCCGUGGCAGCCACCAUCGGGGCGUGGUGUUACCGGCGGAAACAGCAGAAGAGCUCGAUGUACGAGAUGAACGGGAAGGGUCAGAGCAGACAUGGACAACAGAUAGAGAUGCAACAGAAAGUCUAA